AUGGAAGCUCUGCUAUUUAAUGUGAACGCUGGAUUCCUCGAAGGCAUCGUCAGGGGAUACAAAGCAGGACUUCUCAACCAGGGCCAUUACAACAACUUGACGCAAUGCGAGACGAUUGAAGGCCUGUCAGCGACGGACUAUGGCAAUUUCCUCGCCAACGAGCCAUUGCCUAUCUCAACAUCGACCAUCACGGACAAAGCGACUCAGAUUCUUGUCGACCAGUUCAACUACCUUCGUAGCAACUCUGUUGCACCGCUGUCCAAGUUCUUUGACUACAUAACGUACGCGUAUAUGAUCGACAAUGUGAUCCUGCUCAUUACCGGAACCCUGCACGAACGAAACACACAGGAGCUUCUAGAGCGAUGCCAUCCACUCGGAGUGUUUGAAACACUUCCUGCCCUCUGCGUCGCAACUAAUGUCGAAGAACUGUACCGGACUGCUCUUAUUGAGACACCUCUCGCACCGUACUUCCGAGAAUGCCUCAGCGCAGCCGACCUAGAUGAUCUCAACAUUGAGAUCAUCCGUAACACCUUGUACAAAGCUUACCUCGAAGACUUUUACACUUUCUGCACCUCCAUUGGUGGACCUACUGCCGACGUCAUGCAGCGGACUCUCGCCUUCGAGGCUGACCGCCGCUCCAUUAACAUUGCCAUCAAUUCGUUCGGCACAGAGUUGUCUAAGGAGCGCCGUGCGAAGCUCUUCCCCGCUAUUGGUCGAUUGUUCCCCGCAGGAAACAACGCGCUCGCACGCGCGGACGACGUAGAGCAAGUGCGCCAGGCUUGCGAGGGCGUCUCCGAGUACCGAGCUUUCUUCGAAUCGUCCCCCGGCGGAUCUUCCCGUGCGCAGAACGGCGGCGCUAGCGAGAGCACUGCCCGUCUAUUAGGAGACUAUGGCGACGGACUGGAGGACUUGGGCGCCGCAGGAGAACUAGAGGAUCGUUUCUUUGCAUACGAGGUCCACUUGAACAAGAUGGCGUUCCUGCAACAAUUUCAGUAUGGCGUGUUCUAUGCAUAUUUGAAGCUGAAGGAGCAGGAGAUUCGAAGUCUGGCGUGGAUUGCAGAGUGCAUCGCGCAGGAUGCCAGGGAUAGGAUACAGGACUAUAUCCCGACAUUCUGA